UGUGCGCUCCCUGAGCCCCGUACCGGUCCCCAGGAGAUAUGGGAAAGUGGACUUCUGAAUAUCACGAUGAUGUCCUUCGCUCGAAGGUCAAACGCUUGGUGCAGGGUGCUAUCCAAAGGUCGAAGCUGGAGGAGGGACAGCCGACGAUAAGCUACGAGACAUUCGUACAGGAUCUCGACGAGGGUGAUUCCUUCACAGCGUCAAUGAUCGAAACCAUGGUCAAAGAACUAGCGGAUAGGCGAGCGAGGACGAAAGAAGCUGACCGUCGAAUGAUAUGUGAUUCCACGUCAAAAGCGCUCAGGACGCUGGCUAGCACCACGCCUAUUCAUCGAUCUCGGACCAUCCCUCGCUAUUCGUCUCGGAGAAGUAUCAAUCUCACUGAGUAUCUGGCGCUACCACCAGAUCAUAUGACCAUGGACGACGAAGACCAGAACGAUGAUUUCGCUCCCAUGCAAAAUAGGCCCUCGCCACCGGGAGGUCUUAGGGAACUUUACGAUGCUUAUUGGGACUGGGGUGCACGCCGCCUUUCUCGGUCGCAAACUGGCUCGGCGAGUGGAGAGCAGCAAACUGGCGAACCGGUGGAAAAUAACGCGGCGGAUGAGCAUUCCCCUGGAGAAGAGUCGUUCUCUACGUGGCUGCCUCCUCCACCGGAAAUGUUGCGUAGUCCUCCACCUUUCUUAUCUCGCCAAGGCCCCAUUCGCCGGCCGACUCAUUCACGAAGGUUGGAUUUCAAUGACUUCACCUCACGUCGUCGUUUAGAGUUGAGACGGGCUGCGGCGGGCAGUUCUACUUCUGCUGCAGAUGAUGCGCCCGGUGCACACGUGCCGACCCCCGUCAUCCCCUCUCAGGGCCUGCCGCUUCCCCGCUCAGAUUCGACGCCAACACGUCGAUUAGAGGUCCAUCUACCGUCAUGGCGACAUGUAGCAGCCGAUGAACCUGCUCCCAGUUCUACGCUGACCGAGGAACCAGCUACGAUUUCAGACAAUACACAUACAUCGGAUCGGUUUCUCUCACCCGUCUCUUCCUUGAUAGCAGCCUCUCACACGCUCGACCGUCGCCCGCAAAGUCCUCCCACAGAAGCUUCGUCAAGGAAUGCUGAGCACCGGCACAGAUGGGAGAUUUCUCGCGCCGUUGCACCUCGCCUGCGACGUGGCGGAGUCCGUGCACCGGAGUCUUUGUUGACUACCACUAUGCGCUCUGUACAUGCGGUUCCGUUCGACGGUACUCGCUCCAGGUCAGAAUCACCAUAGAAGGCGGCAUGGAGUUGGUUACUGCGGUUAUGUAAUAUGUUGUACUUCUGUAUUAUGCUUAUAGGGCACAUGCGAAUUCGAAGGACAUCUGCUGUGGCCUGUGGGGCAUUUGUAAACGGUCG